UCCAAUUGACGGUGCAACCAGAAGCCGUCGAUCUAGUUUGACAGCUUGAGAAUGUCCAAGACUUUGUCGACUCCUCUCUAGAGUCCGAUGGAAUCGCCACCAGGUUCUUGCCACUCUUCUUUUCAUUAUAGAAUUUACUUUCCACGCCAUAUGAUUCCGGGUAUAUGAUCUUCCAUCGUGAGUCAUGACUAGAACGAGUGGUAGAAUUAUCAGAGCAACUAAUUCGUGUGGAUCCUGGAUGAGAGAAAUUGUCUUCAAGCCAAAGUCUAUCUUCGCAACGAGGUAACCGAAUCAAUCAAUUUUUCCAUACUCUUUUCCUAAAACUUAUGUUCGUUUUAGGAAUUCGAGCUUUGCAAGUGUAGUUUGAUUAGGGUUUGUUCCAAUAGCUUGUAUGAUUACAUUGCGAAAGAUAAGACACAAUUUGGAGUUAGCUUGGGCUUAUUCAUCAAUUGCUUGCGUACACUUAAUGUUCACAAGGCCAAAUGAUUGAUUUACCCAUUCAAAGCAAUUUGUGCGAAGGGCUUUCUUUAACAAAAAUAUAUCAUUUCUUGCUAUGGGGACCGAAAAGGGGUUGUGGAUACAGUUGUACGAACAUCAAAUGUUGGAUAUCUUACGCGCAGACUUGUUGAAGUCGUUCAACACAUUGUUGUACGUAGAAUAAAUUGGGGUACUACCCGAGGGAUCUCUGUGAGUCCUCAAAAUGGGAUGAUAUCGGAAAGAAUUUUUAUCCAAACUUUAAUUGGUUGUAUAUUAGCGGAUAAUUUAUAUAUGGGCCAACGAUGCAUUGCUAUUAGAAAUCAAGAUAUUGGAGUUGGACUCGUUAAUCAAUUCAUAACCUUCCGAACACAUGCAACUUCUUGUCGAGUACGUAUCUCCAUCUCUGUUUUCGAUUAGCGUUUCUAGCAUUUCUUUGUCUAUACUCUAUUGUGAAGAAAAAAGAGUGGUGGGAACCCGAUGACUCUUCCAACAGACCAUAGAGAGAGAGUCGACCAUGCCUUGGACGUUCUCGAGUUGACAAACCAGAUGGGAGGUAAAAAAAAGGGAGUUGAUAAAGGUCGUCCUAAAUGACAACAAAGUUACAUUUUUAACCUUUUGACAUCUUUACAUUUUCUUUAGUAAACAAACAUCACUUUGACUAAAAAAACGAAAAACAUUCAAUCUCCAAUACUCCCGAAUUCAUCGUUGACAUUCUGAAGUCGUAAUCGUCGAGAAUAUGUUUGAAUCAUGAGGGGCGAUUCCGACAAGGUAAAAAUAAAAUAAAAAAUUCUAAACGCCACAACCGAAUCCAAUUUUAGGUUGCACCAUGGCUCAACCGAGCCAAUUUUUGGUUGUACCAUGGACCAACCGAAAAUUACCUUCGGUUUCACCAUGGCUCAACCGAAUCCAAUUUUUGGUUGAGCCAUGGUGCAACCGAAAAUUGGCUUCAGUUGAGGUAUUUUUGGGAUUUUUUUGGUUUUUUUGCUUUAUAUCAAUAAUUUUCUAUUCUUUUGCAACGAUUUAUGGUUCGGUCCAUAAGAUAAUUUGUUGAAUUUUGGCUUAUAUUUUUUCUAGAUUUAUGUAAGGGGGAGCCGUUGUUUGUUUUGUGUUUGAUUUUGAAAUUGAAAAUGGGCAAUUCAGUAAAUUACGUAUUAAGUAUUAAGUUAGGACGAUUGUUAAUAAUUUUUACUACUACUUUAAUCAUUCAGUAAAAAAAAUAACUUACGAAUAACCCGGUGAUAUUCAGCUGCCUGCCUCCAAGCCCUUUUUCCCCUUUUUCUUUUAAUUUCAAAAUGUUAAUGAAGGACAGUUUAUUUAAUAAACAAAUAAACCAAUCCUAAUCUGCCAUGUAAGCAGGUUGAAAGGACAGGGUACAACCUAGGUUGGAGCUAAAAAUUGCUCCUGCAACUGGGUCAGCCUAAGCCUCCCUAAAUAGGCAGCGAGGGUGUUAUUACUUAUCAGAGGAAGCAAAGAGAAUAGAGGAUUGAAAGUCGCCUGUGAUUGCAGAGAUCAGGAAAAGAGGAAAACGAAGGGGAAGGGGAAAAGGAAUAGAGAAAAGAUGGGGAAGCAACCCGUGAGGAUGAAGGCUGUGAUUUACGCGCUCUCCCCUUUCCAGCAGAAGACGGUUUCCGGUCUCUGGAACGAUCUCCCUUCCAAGAUCCACCACAAGGUUUCCGAGAACUGGCUCAGCGCAACCCUCCUUCUCGCUCCCGUCGUCGGCGUCUACUCGUAUGUACAGCACUACCAGGAAAAAGAGAAGUUGGAGCACAGGUACUGAGCUCAUGCAUGUGGUGGAAAAGACCUUUCAAGUUUUCACCUUUGCCAAAUAAUUUUCCAUGAGGAGAAAACUGUGCUUGCAGUUGUUGAAAACCUUUUUUCUUUAUAUGGAUUAUUACGCUAAUGUUUAGCCAUCUUUUUGGUAUAUUUUGCCUUUGAAUUGCCGGUGUGGCAGGGAUGGUGCUAUUUUAGCUAUAAAACUGUAGUGGAAGUUGUCUCUGAAUUUGAUUGGAAAUCAAAUAAAUGGUUUGAUAUGGGGUGCUAGUCUGAAAAUUGUGAAGCAAGACUUGUUUAUUAGGAUAAACUUUUGAAACCUCG